AUGUCUUCUGCUGCUUCCGGUAGUACUGCCGAAAAGGCUGAAAUUACUGUGGUAACAUCUGUUCCUCCAAGCUUGGACAAAGCUCUUCUGCUUAUGGUAAAGAAUUUCUUCGGCGAUCAACACUUUCUCAUAGUUUAUUACAUUAUGAAAGCAGUUUGCAUACGAGAAGAAAAUCUACGGAAACGAUUGAAUUUCGAACAGAGGGAGCUAAGACAGAAGCUGGCUACCUUGAAAUCAGAGAAGCUGGUAAAAGAACGGUUAUUGCCGUUUAAAAACGAAAGUGGAAGAUCUCAAUCUAUUAUAUUUUAUUUUAUUAAUUAUCGAGCUAUUCUGAAUGUGUUGAAGUAUAAAGUAGAUCAUAUGAGGCAAAAGUUAGAAGCUAAAGAAAAAGAAGAUGUCCAGCGGGCUGUCUAUAAGUGUGAAGGUUGCGCGUCACAGUAUGAGACUCUGGAAGUUGAUCGUAUUCUUGAUCCAUAUACUGGUACACUUAAGUGUUGGAGGUGUCAAGGAGAAGUUACUCAGGAUGAAUCAGGUGGACCAACUCAAAUAACACGAUCUCUUCUAGCUAGAUUCAACGAGCAAAUGUGCCCCUUAUUUAGUGCUAUAAGAGAAUUAGCAGGAAUACAACUUGCUCCUCAUUUGUUGGAGCCUGAUAUUAAUCAGUUCCUAGCAGAGGAAGACAAAAAUAAUGAACAACAAACCCUUGUUGAUUUCACACAACCAAAUGAACGUGUGGCACUCGGAGGCAAGUCGUUUAGCGGUCAUCGGGAUUCUAAUGGAGUGCAUUAUAAUGCUGGAGAUGAAAUAACCGUGGAUCUCAACGCUGAUUUGACGAAUAAGCCAAUGGAAGAAGCUAAGCAAGUUCCUGUCUGGCUUCAAGAUGAUGCUAUCACGCAGGGAACAGAGCAUGCACAGGCUGCUGCCGCCCUAAUAUCAGAAACUGGUUUCAAAGAAGAAGCCAAGCAACCUACUGACAUCAGUUUCAACCUUCUAGUUGAAUUGGAAGGACAGCAUACUGAACCAGCAGCGAAGAAAGGAAAGUUCGAAGAACCUUCUGGAGCUAGUAGCGGGGCUGCUGAAGAGAAUGGGGAGGAUGAAGAAGAGGAAGAAGAAGAGGAAGACGUCGAAGUUGAAGUUCAAGGAAAGAAGGUAAAAAUAGAAGAUGUAACUCAAGAGAUGGUGGAAUCAAUGACCGAUGAAGAGAAACAGAAGUACAUUUCCAUCGUCAAUGAAAACGUGUACAUGUGA